AUGGACUCCCUCCUGGGAUCUGUACAGAGGCAAGGAAAUGGAGCGAUAGACCCUCCCACGAAAAGCGAGUCAAGGAGAUUAGUAAAUGCGUCUGCAAUUGUCAAGAAGCCAGCCGCUGUCUCGAAGUCUCAGCCCCGUACAAACAGCCUUAAGCGCCUGACAGCAAUUCCUACUACGCCACCUAGAGCGAGUCUGAAUUCGGCUUUUAAUGCAAUAGCUUCAGCAGAGAGGAGUUCCAGUCCGCCACGGACCCAUCAGUCUCAAGCACUUGGCGCCCCUAAAAUCGGUUUAUCAAAGAGCGCCAAUCCCAUGCUUACCACUAUAGUCAGGACUACAUCGAAUCAGAACGCCGCUACUCAACCCACACGAUCCGAGGGUCAGACAGGCUCUCCGCUCGCUCACACACCUGCCGGGUCAGUUGCGGAAGGCUUCCUCGAUCUUCCAGUAACGGAGCCCGCCCACAAACGCAACCUUACCGGCAGCUACGCAACUCGCGAAAGCACCAUCAAUAGCGAGAUCAACGCAUUUAAUCGCGAAUUAGGCCUCGUAGAGCGUAAGGCGGCUGAUUUGGGCAAAGAACACACGAGGCACACCGAGAUAUACUGUAUUGCAGCAGCAGCCCCCAGCAAUGCGAGUGCAGAUGCCUUGCCUUUUCACGGGAAACGGCCAGGUAUCAGGGCUAGUUAUGGAGAGAAUAUUGAAUAUGGGGCAACUGCAGUGGGAGGCAAUGAUCAUGCCACGCUUGUUAAUGCAUUGCCCUCAAGUCCCGGAUCAAGCAUCAUUCUACACAGCCAAGACAGCACGCAGAGAAACAUGGGGGCUUGUAUCCUCGAUGAAUCUUCUGACGUAGACCCGCCUAGCUCUCCUCUGGCAAGAAAGAGCAAUGCUGUCUUGCAGCAUGAUGGACGACCGCAUAAGCGGAUGAUAGAGGUAGGCUUGAGAGUAACCAAGAAAAGAAGGUUAGGAGUCGAGUAUCACAAAGUAUUGCAGAACACGACAAACAAGCAUGAUUAUAGUGAAGAGCAAGCUUCUAUAUUGGAUUCAUCACCGCCCUCUCUGCACAGGGCUGUUGGGGCAAAGCAAAGUCUCACAAAGGUGACAUUGACAGCUGGAGCACUCGAUUCAGGCAAAAAUUCCGUGCCUGCUUUUGGAGCUGCUCCCUGUACCAAUAACUUCGCAUGA